UGAAGAAGUAGCGGUUACUCUCUCUCUCUCUCUCUCUCUCUCUCUCUCUCAUGUCCACCACCAACAAAACCCACUGAAGCAAAUUUAUCAUCAUGAAACUCCCUCUGCACCCUGCACUCCAAAAAAGUGAUUGCCUUCCUCAUCAAAACCCUCCUUCCCUUAAAUUUACCUCUCCAAACACCACCCUCUUCUCAUCCACAACCCGCACCAUCCCAAAACAAUGAAACCUUUUCUUCUCUUUCUCACAUUCUCCUUCUUUUGCCAGACAAACUUAGUUUUCUCUGCUACAGCUCUGCCCCUCCAACUCAUCACCUUGCUUUCAAUAAAAUCCUCACUCAUAGACCCUCUCAAGAACCUCCAUGACUGGGACCCCUCCUCCACCUUCUCCAAGCCUAGUUACCAAGACCCAGUAUGGUGUACCUGGAGAGCCAUCACAUGCCACCCAAAAACAGCACAAAUCACCAACCUUGACCUCUCUCGCCUCAACCUUUCAGGCACAGUCUCACGUCAAAUCCGCUACCUAUCCAGCUUAAACCACUUGAACCUCAGUGGAAAUGACUUCAGUGGAACCUUCCAAACAGCAAUUUUUGAACUCACAGAGCUGAGGACUCUAGAUAUCAGCCACAACUCCUUCAAUUCAACAUUCCCACCCGGAAUAUCAAAGCUCAAGUUUUUAAGGGUCUUCAAUGCUUACAGCAACAGCUUCACUGGCCCUCUCCCUCAAGAGUUAAGCAGGCUUCGCUUUCUUGAGCAACUCAACCUCGGUGGAAGCUACUUCCGAGACAGUAUCCCACCAGGUUAUGGCAGUUUCCCGAGACUCAAGUUCCUAGAUUUAGCCGGUAAUGCCUUGGAAGGUUCACUACCACCUCAGCUAGGCUCGUUACCACAACUACAACACUUGGAAAUCGGGUACAACCCAUUCUCGGGAACAUUACCAGUGGAAUUGGCAUUGCUAUCUAAUCUCAAAUACUUGGAUAUCUCCUUUGCCAACAUUUCAGGGCAAGUGAUCCCAGAACUGGGAAACUUAACCUCGCUGGAGACCUUGUUGCUCUUCAAGAACCGUUUAAGCGGCGAAAUCCCAUCAAGCCUAGGCAAAUUGAAAUCCCUGAAAGCUCUUGACUUGUCAGAUAACGAACUGACAGGGCCAAUUCCAAGAGAAGUUUCAAUGCUAGAGGAACUAACCAUAUUGAGCCUAAUGGACAACAAGCUAACAGGUGAAAUACCACAAGGAAUUGGAGACCUUCCAAACUUGGACACUCUUCUUCUGUUCAACAAUUCAUUCACUGGAACCCUCCCACAACAACUUGGCUCCAACGGGUUACUCCAAAGACUAGAUGUUUCCACCAACUCACUCCAAGGUCCAAUCCCACCAAAUGUUUGCAAUGGCAACAAACUGGUCAAGCUCAUACUCUUCUACAACAAUUUCAACAAUCCUCUCCCACCAUCAUUAUCCUACUGCACCUCACUCGCAAGGGUUCGAAUCCAAAACAACCACCUCAACGGUUCCAUUCCAAAAGAGCUCACGCUCCUCCCAAACCUAACAUUCCUUGACAUGAGCAACAACAAUUUCAACGGUCAAAUUCCUCAAGACUUGGGCAACCUACAAUACCUUAACAUCUCCGGAAACUCCUUCGGAGAACCCUUACCAACUAACAUAUGGAACGCCACCAACCUUCAGAUUUUCUCAGCAUUUUCUUCAAACAUCACAGGUCAGAUCCCCGAUUUCAUUGGUUGCCAAACCAUAUACAAGAUCGAAUUGCAGGGAAACUCCAUCAACGGUACCAUCCCUUGGGACAUUGGUCACUGCCAGAAACUCAUUCUUCUCAAUCUCAGUAGAAACUCCCUCACCGGAAUCAUCCCUUGGGAAAUCUCAGCUCUUCCCUCCAUAACCGACGUCGACCUCUCUCACAAUUCCCUCACCGGAACCAUUCCUUCUAAUUUCAACAACUGCACAACACUUGAGAACUUCAACGUCAGCUUCAAUUCCCUCACCGGACCCAUCCCUUCCUACGGUAUCUUCUCCAACCUUCAUCCUUCUUCCUACUCCGGCAACCAGGGCCUCUGCGGCGGAAUUCUCGCCAAGCCCUGCGCCGCCGACGCACUCUCCGCCGGGGAGAACGAGGUCGAGGUUCGCCGCCAGCAACCGAAGCGAACCGCCGGUGCAAUUGUUUGGAUCGUGGCGGCGGCGUUCGGGAUCGGUCUGUUCGUGCUCGUCGCCGGGACCCGAUGCUUCCACGCGAAUUAUAACCGUGGAUUUGGCAACGACGGGAACGAGAUCGGACCGUGGAAAUUAACGGCUUUUCAGCGGUUGAAUUUCACGGCGGAGGAUGUGCUCGAGUGCUUGUCGAUGUCUGAUAAGAUAUUAGGGAUGGGGUCCACUGGGACUGUUUACAGGGCGGAGAUGCCAGGUGGCGAGAUCAUAGCGAUUAAAAAGCUCUGGGGGAAGCACAAGGAGAACAUCAGACGGAGGAGAGGGGUUUUGGCUGAGGUGGAUGUGUUGGGAAACGUGAGGCAUAGGAAUAUUGUGAGGUUGUUAGGGUGUUGCAGCAACAGGGAGAGCACCAUGCUGCUUUAUGAGUACAUGCCUAACGGGAACUUGGAUGAUUUGUUGCAUGGCAAGAAUAAAGGGGAUAAUCUCAUUGCUGAUUGGUUCACUAGGUAUAAGAUUGCAUUGGGUGUGGCUCAGGGGAUUUGCUAUCUUCACCACGACUGUGAUCCUGUCAUCGUGCAUCGUGAUCUCAAACCCAGUAACAUAUUAUUGGACGGUGAGAUGGAGGCCAGAGUGGCUGAUUUUGGGGUCGCCAAGUUGAUUCAGACAGAUGAAUCCAUGUCUGUCAUUGCUGGAUCCUACGGCUACAUUGCUCCAGAAUAUGCUUAUACACUUCAAGUUGAUGAGAAGAGUGAUAUUUACAGCUAUGGGGUUGUGUUAAUGGAGAUAUUAAGCGGAAAACGUUCGGUGGAUGCAGAAUUUGGCGAUGGGAAUAGCAUUGUGGACUGGGUUAGGUCAAAGAUCAAGAGUAAAGAUGGCAUUGAUGGUAUAUUGGACAAGAAUGCAGGGGCAGGGUGCAACUCAGUGAAGGAGGAGAUGAUACAAAUGCUUAGAAUUUCAUUGCUUUGUACAAGCAGGAACCCAGCAGAUAGGCCUUCCAUGAGAGAUGUUGUGUUGAUGCUGCAAGAGGCCAAGCCAAAAAGGAAAUUGCUUGAUAGUGUUGUAGGUCGAGGUGGUGCUGGUGACAAUGUGGUUGGUGGUGGUGGUGAUAUUCCUUUGGCACAAAAGCCAACUCCGGAAAGCUAAUAUGUUUAUAUGAUUGAAAUGUUUUUUUUUUCUUUUUCUUUUUUUUGGAUAUUUUUCUUAUUGUGGGGGGAUUGGUAUAGGAGAAAGUGAUUUUCUAUUU